AUGCAUUGCAAUGCAAAGAAACAUUUUUUGAUAUUUUCAUCAGAAAGAGAAUUAGAAAAUAAAGUUAGUCAACUAUUACAGAAAAUGCUUCUCUUCAUUUCUAAUAAACGUUUAUCAACUAAAGUUCUGUGUCUUCAUCUCUGCCCUCAAGUGAUCGAUACUCAUCAGAGUCGUCAAGGGAUGCAAGUAAUUAUAGAACAGCCCACCAAGUGA